GGGGCUCGGCCGGCGACGGCCCUCCGCAGACCGCGCGCGCGGCGUGGUCUGGUCUGUGCCCCCCCCGAGGCCGCCGCGGAGCGGCGGGCGCCGCGCGCAGGCCGGAUGGCGAGACUCCUCUCGCGAGGCCUCUCACUCCCCCCCGGGCGCGCCGCCGAUCCCAGCAGACCCAGGGGGAACGGCGGCUCCGAGGCGACGCCGCGCCCCCCGGGGCAGCGCCGGCGCACCGAGGUGCCGCGCAGCCAGGCCGAAGGUCCGAGGGCGCCCUGGGAUCCGGUCAUCAUGCGACUACCAGAAGGUCGCGCAUGUCCUCCUACAGGUGGAUUUGGAAGAAGAGCGAAACAUAACAGCCCCCGCCCCUGGUCGGAAAACAACGGCCUUGUGAGGGGUUCCAGCGCCUCGCCCCUCAGCAGAGCAAGGCCGAAUUCGGCAGCGACUGCUGCCGUUGCUGCGACGUCCCCCAUCUCGGACGUGCGGGCUCUCUCGAGCACGGCCUGCGUCCCACACAGGGCGCCGUGCGCCCGCCGCCCGCCCUCGCGAGGAGGCACGGGCGCGGCAGCAUCUGCGGCCCUCGGAAA